UCCGUUUCCUCCUCACAACUCCUUAUGGAUUUCACAAUCGCUCUGAACUCGGCAGCAGAUGGAUUUCCCGAGCUCAGACUCCAGCAGCCUGACACUUUCUCCUGUUUGACUCCUGAUCUCCUCACACCUCCUCAUGCCAGUGCUUGUGUUUUCCUCCCAAGUGAACCUCAGGAAUUCUCCUCCUACGGCCUCAGGUAUCUCAGCGGAUCACAGGAAUCCAUGAAGGAGUUUUUCUGCUGAGGACAAACAACAACAAACGGAGAGGAUCAGAAUGAUCUCAUGGCUGUUCAUCAUCUCACUGCUCUGUCUGAAGCUAGGAAGUGGAAAUGGACAAGAAAAAGGUGUUCUACAUUGUGGACCUCAGAAUGUGACUCUUCACUCCAACCAGAUGCUGCUGUUAACGUGGGAAGAUAAACCCUCGUGUUCUGCAUUAGAAGAUGCCGUCGUCUACGAACUGCUGGUUCUCAUCGCGGAUAAACGAGAACAUUAUGAUGAAGUUGUGGUGACUCGUGAUCAGAUUGGAUCGAGUCACUCCUGGAGCUGGACGUCGUAUUUGCCGUUGGAGUGCGCUACUCAUUCAGUCUGGCUCAGGUCCCGAUACAAGAACCAGACAAGCCCAUGGGUGAAAGAAAAGACCCUUCCUGAGAACCGAAGGUCAGAAAGAUUUAAGGUCUACCCACGAGACGGAAUGUUCAAAGUUGGUAGUACUGCCACCUUCUGUUGUAUUCUGCCUGCAGGGGAGAGCUUUAAUGAAAUGUACCUGAGUGGUUAUACAGGUGUUAAUAUGAGCACCACCAGGAUCAGCAACCAGACCUACGCUCUGACUGUCAGCCUGAACGAGGCGUCCAACGGUUACAUCGAUAUCAAAUGUAAAACCAGCAAAACCACCUAUGGGGCCUGUGCUCUUAUCUUCUACCCGCCCGGUGACAGAGAUCUUCAGUGUGAAACUCAGAAUCUGAAAUCAGUCGAAUGUGGCUGGAAAGUAGGAAGAAACACAGAAGUCCCAAAGGCUAAAACCCAGUACCAGCUACAGGGAAGUCCCUGUCCAGACGGAUCUGAAGGCAGAUGCUCUCUAAAUAUGAUGGUUGAAGCUGGAGAGACGAACUGGACUUUAACGGCAAGUAAUCCUCUUGGAACGAUUCAGCUUCAUGACCGGGCAGACUUGACCAAAAGAGUGCGAAUGCUUGCUCCAGAAGAAGUAACAGCUUCGAAUAUUAACUCCAGAAACAUCAGUCUGGAGUGGAGGUGGACUGUAGAUCAGUACAAGGACUUCAGUGUGACCUGUGAAGUCCAAGGUGUCCACUCUGAAAAAAACAGCACAAGUAAAACCUCUGGGGUUGGUCUUAAUUCUGCAGUUUUAACCGACCUGAUGCCAAACUCGACGUAUGAAGUGAAGGUGAGAUGCAGAACAGACACCUGGGGAUGGGGCGACUGGAGCAGAGGAGUUACGCUCCACACAAAGGGUGACGUUCCAGAUGCUCUUGAUGUUUGGAUGCAGAUGAAGGAGAACCAGGUUGUAGUCAUCUGGAAGACGCCACUGGCCAAUCAGAGCCAUGGAAAUAUCACUGACUAUGAAGUUACCUGGGCAAACACCACAACCGGAAUACCUCACAGUGAACACAGUCUAACCCUCCAUCUGGACACCAGUGAAGAACACAGCAUCACAGUAACAGCCUGGAAUAUAAACGGCAGCUCAUCGCCUUCAACCAUCACCACCCCCAACACCAGUCCAGAUGGAACCAGAGUGAACUCUUCUUGGAUCACUGGCAGUAACGGUAGCUUCAUGCUGUCCUGGCCGAUGAGUCCUGCAUCCAGCUGUGGUUACAUCAUUGACUGGUGUCCGACCCUCCACUGUCAAACUGUGGACUGGAUCAAAGUUCCUGACAACACCACUAAUGCCACCAUAUUUUCUAAAGACUUCAGAGAUGGACUGAGGUAUUCGUUGUCCAUUUACGCCUGUACAGAGGGAGCUCCAGUUCUUCUGGAGAGGAGGGAAGGCUACGUCAGAGAGAUAAGAAUCGAACGGGAUGCUCAAAACAGGACGCUGUUUAAAUCACUGAAUGCCAAACAGAAGGAGACGGAUGCAGAGAUUUCCUGGGAGAAGAUUCCUCUGAGAGAGCAGUCGGCUUUCAUCCGAGGAUUCAGGCUUUACUACUGGAACAACGACAGCACGGUGUUCAACGUGAGCACAGACGAUCCUGAAGCCACCAGUCUGACAGCAACAAACCUGGAGUUCACUUCGUAUACGUUCACGGUGGUGGCUCGGACGGCACUCGGAGAAUGUGGAAACACAUCCAGAUCCCUCACCUUGAACUCCCUGACUGAUGACUUGUUCAGGUCCAUCUUCAUCGCUCUCGGUUUGACUUUGGGUCUUCUAACUCUCACUACUAUCCUCUGCUACACAAACUGGGCCUGCAUCAAACAUAAAGUCUAUCCUCCGAUCCCAAAGCCAGUGCUGAUGGACAACUGGUUGACGCCGCCAGUUUACCUGGACCUCCGCAGAGAAGCAGACGUCUCGGUUGUUCCAGAGCUGCAUCCUAAGCCUGGAGUAUCGGGGAAUGAUUACGUUAGCGAGGCGGGCAUGCCUUUUAGUUUCACACAAACUCCCAAAGGUUACUACAACAAACCCCUGAAGAAGGAUGCCCCACCACUCCUGAUUCUACCCUACACAGACGUACCAUCUCCAUCAGGUCCUCCGUCUUCUCCGUUCAGGAGCGUGUUUCCCAACCCGUCGUAUGACCCGACACCUGGGGAUCACUGGUUCAGACCUGAGCUUCUGGAGGGGAAACCUGCAAUCCAAACCUCUGACGGAUACCACCCUCAGAACCAGGCACAGACUUCAAUCCCAACAGGAGAUGGUCCAAACGGUCCAGACAGUCCCAUGUCCUGUGAAACCGCUUACAUUUUAUUACCACACUGACCUUCCAUCUAGCUGCUGCAUGAACAUAUAGUAAAGGUGAAGACAUUUAUGCCUUACAGGAUAUUUAAAGAUAGUACUAGAGUUCAUAAAGCAACAAUCAAUAAAUCACUCCUUAGAAAUCUUAAGUCAUUCCACUGUCUAAUAGUUGUGAAAUGUGUGUGGUAACGUGUUUUCUGGUAACUGUGAGUCACUGAGGAUGUUGUUUUUGACAACACAUUUGAAACAUUACAAUGAAAAUAUUCAGCCCUCGUGGAAGUUGUCCUCCCCAAAAGUAUGGCCGUCCACCUGUGCAAGAAAACAUGAGUGAGCGAGGCCACCAAGACACGUAUGACUCCUCUGAAGGAGCUACAAGCUAGUACUCACCACCGUGCUUCAUGUCAUGAUGCUGCCACCUCCGUGCUUCUUGUCAUGAUGCUGCCACCUCCGUGCCUCACAGUGGGGAUGGUGUGUUUGUGAUGAUCUUCAGUGUUUGGUGCACAGCAAAGAUUGCGCCCAUCUGCUGGACAUAAAGCUCCAUCCUGGUCUUGCAAUGACUUAUUUUACAUUUUAUUUUGACAUUUCUUUGUAAAAAUCACUUUCAGUUUGACAUGAAAGAGUCUUUCUGUGAUUUUUAUGUGCUGUUGCUGAAAAAAGCUGAAUUAAAGUGAUCACAAUUUAUUGUUGAAAAGCAAAAAAGGAGAAACUUCCAGUGGGGGUGAAUACUUUACCCAGUACAGUAAAUGUGUCCUUACAGUAUCAAAGAUUGUGAAUAUUGUCUAUUUUUUAAAUGUAUUUUGUUUACUAUGUGAAGACCUGCUGAACGGCUUUUUGAGAUGACUGGUGUUUUUAAAAAUCCCCUUAGAUUUACUGCUGUAAAACAAUAAAAACCUACAGCACCUCUGUACUUUUACAGGUAUUUUAGGUGAUGUGGAACAUUUGACUGCAGCUAUCUUGCUUUCAAUCAGCUAUAUUUUGUGAAGGCAGACUGAUCUGUUAUUUGCUUAAUAAAUGUUCGACUG